CGUUCCUCACAUCUCACCAUUCUCCAGAUUGCCGAAUAGGUAUCAUUAUGCUCUGGUCCACCCCCUAAGAGAUCACUUUAUCUACUCUUGUUGUCAUGUCUUACUACCUCCAUGCAUGAGAUAGAAAGAUGAGCAGAUCACAGCGCUCCUCUUUCAACUCCUCUUCUGAGGACCUCGGUGCUGCCCAAUUUAUAACCAACUUGUUACCACACCAGCUUCAACACCUGCAGUUCUCCGUACCCGAAAAGGAUGAACCAGAGCAGUUUCUCGAACGUCCGAGACAGGUCCCGGUACCGAAGCGCUUCACAAUCGACCCAUUGGAUCUCGCAAGGUUAAAGGAGGGUGCAAACCAGCACACCAGGAAAGCAAGCUUGAUCAGUUGGCUUAGCCGGAAUGGAAGUGAUGAUGGGUCAGGGUCCAGGAUCAGCGUCGACUGGCUGAAAGAAGUAGAAAGAGCAGCAGCAGAGAAAGUGAACGGGUUAGAUUGGAAAUUUCAUGCAACUGGAGCGGCCCUCUUCAUCCUGAAUCUUGUUGUUGCAUGGGAUGCCACGACGCUACCGAUUGCGCUGCCAACGAUAGCGACGACCUUGAAAGGAGGGGUGCUUGAGACUUUUUGGGUGGGCGUCUCCUUUCUUGUUGCAGUGACAUGCUCUCUUCCGCUCUUCGCAGCGCUCAGUCAUGUCUUCGGCCGCAAGCCCAUCCUCCUUGCGACACUGACGGUCUUUGCCCUUGGAUCGCUGAUCGCAGCCGUCACUGGCAGCUUCACUGGUUUAUUACUGGGUCGUACUCUUCAAGGCAUUGGCGCCGGCAGUAUUUAUCCUCUGUCCAACCUUAUCGUGUCGGACCUGAUCACGCAUGCUGACCGAAAGAAAUGGAGCGGAAUCCUUGGUGUUGCAUGGGUUAUCGGCGCAGUUUCUGGACCCGUAAUUGGGGGAUUUCUCGCUCAGAGUGAGCAAUGGCGCUGGAUCUUCUGGUUGAAUUUGCCUUGUAGCAUUGUGGUCUUUAUCCUCCUUGCUUUCUGUGCACGCUUGAGACCUGCGGCUGCUGGAGCCCUCCUACCUAAACUGCGCAAUGUCGACUGGUUUGGAUUCGUCCUUUUAUCAGGGUCCCUGAUAGUGGCAUUACUGGGCUUGACUUGGGCUGGUCCGCUGCAUCCUUGGGCAAGCGUCCGCACCAUCCUACCGAUCCAGUUCGGCGUCUUCGGCAUCUUGAUCUUCCUUGUUUGGAGUUGGUACUCCCCCUGCAAAUCGCUUGUCUGUCUCGAAGGUUCCUGGGAGCCCACCAAGCUCGCCACAUACUUCGGGGCGAUGAUCCAGGGAAUCAUUGUCUCCGCCGCAUUAUACUUUUUGCCUCUAUACUUUGACGUCGCGAAACGUUCCUAUACUUUUGUGGAAAUCGGUAUUGCACUCUUCGCUUGGAGUGUUUCUCUCGCCAUCCUUGCCGCCAUCUCCUUCUUUGCCGCCUCAGGCACAUCGCUACGGCGGGGUCUUAUCAGGUUUGGAUGGUUCCUCGUCGUGCUGGGAACGGCGCUCAUGACUGUAUUGAAGAGGGAGUCCGGCACCAUCAUGUGGAUCUGCAUUGCAGUUUUCUCGGCUUUUGGGAUGGGGAUCUUGUAUCCUACGAUUUCGGCCAUUGCGUUAUCGACCAGUAGGUGUGAGGAUGACGAGACAGCAGUGGUGAACUUUGCUUUCUUCCAGACACUGGGCCAAACGCUUGGAGUCGCUAUCGGAGCAUCGAUCUUCCAGAACGAGCUUUACAAACAGCUCCUGAAGAAAACCCUGCCUGAGAGAAUAGCGUAUCGCUAUGUUAAGAACGCUUUCCCAUUGGUCACCAUAGUUCGGGACCUGACGACAGAGGAUGAGCUCAAGACACAAGUCGCAGAUGCGUAUAUCGCCGCUAUUAGGGUGAUUUGGGUAGUUUCGGCAGUUUUAGCUGGGGCCGCUAUGUUGGCGGGUUUCUUUGUACGAAGACCUCAUCCGAGGAAGUCAAAGGAGGGGGAGGCUGCAGCUAAAGAGCUUGGGUGAUGCAGCUGUGGUUUGCUGCUCGCGGGAGUGCCUAUACGAAUUAUCGUGGAAUAACACCGCCAUAUUCUAUUCGUCAUAUCUGGAUUGGAGCGUCUCUCACGUUCUGUUUCAACAGACGACACAGUGUUGAAUAU